AUGAACCCGAAUACCUCCCUUAUCGCAAUGGACGGCCCCAUGUCGCUGCAGCAGUACGACGGGACAUCCGACUCCGACGGCCCUCUGCUGCCUUGGGAUGACGUCUAUCAGAAGCCCUUGCUGUCCCCUCGCAGUCGUCCGUCUUUCGCCGACGAUCCGCUAGCUACCUCGAAUCUAAUGUCGUUGCUGUCGGCCUCUUCCUAUCCCGUUCCCGAAUCGUUCUACACGCAAGGGCAGCGCGUCCCCGAUCCGUAUGCCCAGGUCCCGGUAUAUGGCGGCUAUGCUCUCGACGGCCAAAUUCGACAACCCGCCAUUCCUCGCCAGCUCCCCGCGGCUCGAAGAAUCCUAUCCGAUCCCACGCCUCCCCCCGAGCCCACCGAACCGCAAAAGAAGAAGCCCAAACGCCAGCGUACCGAGACGACCACCCCAGAGGCGUCGGCGAGAAAGCGCGGUCGACCGCGCAAGAACAUGGAGGGUCAGUUGGGCGAGGAUCCGGAAGAGCGACGUCGCAUGCAAAUUCGUCUAGCUCAGCGCGCAUACCGAUCCCGCAAGGAAGCCAACAUUUCAUCUCUCAAAGGUCGCAUCGCACAGUUAGAAUCAGCGAUGGAGAAGAUGAGUACCACAGUGAUCUCAUUCAGCGACGAACUCGUUCAGUCCGGUGUUUUAGCCUCGCAUGCCGAUCUGACCGGGCACCUGCGUGAGACGGUCCAGACAUGUUUGGAUCUUGCCAAGGAAGCGAGUGAGGAUCACGAUCUUCCCGAGAUGUCACCUGGAAGCGAAAAGUCGCAGCCCUCCCCGGGGCAGGGCACCAGCAACUCCAUCCCCCCGGAGCUGAAGUCGAAUCCGUUGUCUCCCGCACUGUCGGAGGUAAAAGACUAUGUGUGCUCCCCGCAUGCAAGCUCCGACAGUUCGUCGCCGUCAGAGAAUAUUGUAGUGUCCCACAUGGAACUAUCUGCAUUUAUGGAACGCUUGCACAUGGCCUGUCUCUACCAAGCGUAUCUGGUUCUGGCGAAUCCUGCGGUGUCUAUGGAUCGCCUGAAACGGCCAUUCCAACUACUCCUCACGGUGAUGGACCGGACGCGCAUGGUAUCCUACUUUCAGGCUGCGCUACACGCCAAGGUAGGCCAGAGCCGACUGGACGAGUGGAGAGAAGUCCCUUUUUUCUACCUGGGUGGCGCAGGAUCACACUAUCCUCGAUCCUCUCCUAAAAAAUCGGCCCUUGAAAUGUACCCACUUCGUUACAACCGAUGGGAAACCAUAAAUGACCCACUGUCCCGCAUCUCGCCAGAGUUCCGGCAGGAGCUGGACGGAGAGUGGUUUGAUAUCCAGGACCUCGAGGGAUUCCUUCGCGAAAAGAAUGUGCAUUUGUUCGUCUCGCAGCCGCAAUCAAAGCCGUCUCCACUCACUAUCAACGUUGCACGUUUCAUUCCAGCUUUAAUAACCAAAGCGCUGUGUCUGGGACGCGCACCAGGAUUUCGCCGUCGCGAUGUCGAAAUGGCUCUUCGCGCCGCAAUGUGGGCUUGA